AGAGCGCCAGACUACCAACCGUCUAAUUGGAAGCGCGCCGCACCUGUUUGACAUUUUGUGCAUUGUUUUUAAUUACUGAGUGAUAUUUUGACGCAACAUCAAGUUUGUACAUCUGCUGUUGUUGUUAUACAUUUGGUUGAUACCAGCUUUUACAUAAUUCACAAAAAGACGCAAAAGUAAUCAACGCAAAUCAUGUUCAGAGGAAAGAUGAAACUGAACUUUGAGCAGCAGCUCAAUAAAGACGGGAAUCUUGGCCCCGCCCUGGUGAUGGAAGGAGAAGACCUGGACGAGAUUCCAUUGAUCCCGAACAGUCAGAGCCAUCGCCUGAUCGGUAUCAACGUCAGUCAGAAUCAAAUCAGCGAGCUACCGACGCAGCUCAAGGAUUUCAAGAAGCUGGAAUUCCUUACGUUGACAAAUAAUUUAUUCACUGCGCUGCCUCCUUUUCUCGGACAGUUGUCAAGCCUUCGUAUUCUGAACCUGAGUAAUAAUCAACUCUCCUCUCUCCCGGAGGAGAUGGAAGAUCUUGAUGAGCUCCAGGAACUUUUCUUAGAUAACAACAAAUUUGACGUCGUCCCGUCUGCUCUGUUCAAGAUGCCUUGGUUGAAGGAGCUUUACAUGCAGCACAAUAACCUGGAAGAGAUACCUGCGGCCAUGAGCAAGAUGACGGGACUGAAAGUCCUUAUCAUGGACUACAACAAGAUCACAGCGGUGCCACCAGAGGUCGGGAUGAUGGAACUGGACGAGUUGUACGUUCAACACAACAAAAUCGAGACUGUUCCAGAAGAAGUGAAAAUAAAGAAAUUCAAGCUGCUGGACAACCCGGUGGAUCCAAGCGGGCUGUAAACUUAAAUGGAAUUUCGGUUUUUUUUUUUUAGAUGGUGCCUUUAAAAAAAAAGGAAACGAUUCAGUACUUAUUGAAAAAUUUGAGAUUGGUAAUACUCAUUACUGCCCUUAAAGGUAGGGUCAUAGUGUGGUUGCCUACAAUACUCCUUCUUAUUAAAAGGAAUUUUUUUCUCAUUUUCAUUUGUUCGUUUGUUUUGAAAGCCAGAUAUUGUUUCAAAUGGAUCCUUUUAGCAAACCAGCGUGCUACUAAUCUUUUGAAGAAAUUGCUAACUUAAUAGUGCCGGGAUUAAUAUUUUGAAUAUUUUAUGAGUUAUGAAUACAACAAAUCAAUAUAUCAGAUGUGGCUAGGUUUCUUGAGUCGCCUCUGAAAUGAUGUCCUUGGGCAACAGGAAAAGCUAUAAUCAUCUUGAGCGAUAGAACGUGUCUGUUGCUUCUGUAUGUACAAUGUAUGAUGAAUUUAUCAGCGCUGACCAUCAAACAAGACCAAUUGGACUCAAGUAAUAUCAUUCUGUAUCCCUAGCAGUAAAUUAACAUACCAUAUUAUACUUGGAUACAUACAUGUAGCAUUACAAAUGACACAGUCAUAAUGACUUUUAAAUGUAGCGUUGGAAAUUGGAAAAGACAAUGUCAUUCCCAGACUGAGAACAGCUAAUGUGACAAAAAAAGACCAAGCAUACAACUGCAUGUAAAAAAAUUGCGGCACUCAGCAAGUCACAGUAAGGUUUAAGCCAGCUGGCGAAAACUAUGAAAGACUUGACAACAGAAGUGAAGAAACGAAACAAGCUCAAACAGAACAAUAAAAUUGUUUCACCUGACUGUUUUUCCUCAAUCGGACUAUUGUUUGUUUUACCCUUCACAUGAUUCUGAAUAAAAUGAAUGACCAGUUUAAAAUGUAAGAGCAAGUGAUUUGUGAUACUUAUCUUAGGCCAUUAAAGUGGUGGUUGGUUGUUGUCCAGAAAUGUAUGUGCUUAGUAGACAUAAUUGCACCCUUUUAUAUAAAGUUGUAAAUUAGCACUCGCAUCUUUCAGCAUCUUUGUCUUUCACUGGAAAUGCGGCUCGUUGUUAAUUUAUCAUUAGGCCUAUGACUUGAAUCUGUAAUUUAUCUGGCACUUUUGACAGUCAAUGUGAAAUUCUAGAGGGUGAGUUUUAGGUAGCACUGUGACAUGUGUUUUGACAACUCGACAUUGCAUCAGAGUUCUCUGAUUUUUCUCAGGUUACUUAGCUAAUUUGUUUGCUUAUAAAUGUAAAGGCCUUGUCACACAGGGCAACUUUUCAGGCAACUUUGAGGCAACUAGUUGAAUGCAAGAAGCAGCACAAGAUACAUUAUUGUAGCUGUAACUCACGACACAACGAGAAACCUGAAAUGUGAAUGGAUUUUCUUGGUUGCCUGUAAAUUGCCUUGUGUGACAUGUAAUAAAGAGCCACAGUAGAGCCUGGACUUCCCGCAGGCACAAAUUGUGCACAGCUUAAUUGAAGAAAGUACUUUCCCUUUUUUAUUGAGAUGGUACUGUUUAGUUUUGAACAACUGUUGAAGACCAUAAUGAACUUUGUUUACAAUAAGUGUGACCUAGCUUGUACAUUCUUUCAGUAUUCUGGCAGGCACAAUACUACAUAGUCCUAUGGGAAAGUUGAAAUUGUGUGUCAUAAUUUCCACACAAAUGGAAGAACUAUGAAAUUAAAAGCUGGACAAGUUUUGAGGUGCACCCCCUUUCAUCAUAUCAAAAGUUGACAAGAAAAACACAGUGCA